AUGGAUAAUUUCAUGAAAGUAAUCGCUAUUUUUGUCAUGUUUGUUGAAAUCCAAACAGCCUUGUCUCAACCAAUUAUACCCCCUGGGGGACCUAAUGAUGUUAUACAGCAACUCUGCAAAAGAAACCGUUAUCAAAGCCUAUGCGUCUCUACGCUCAAUCUUGAUCCUAGAAGCAAAACCUCAUCAAAUCCCCAAGAGCUUGCGUCGAUCUCAAUCGAUGCGACGACAAAGAAAGUGAACGAGACGCAAGAAUAUCUCAUCUCCGUUAUUAAGACCAUCAGACGCCGUGAAGAUUGGGAGAUGUACGGAACAUGCAUUGAGGAGUACGGCGCGGCGAUUCGUAGGUUUUUACCGGCGACGUUGGCUGAUCUAAAGGCUAAGAAUUAUUCACAAGCGAUGUCUAACAUGAAAGACGUUGUAUCGGCACCGGGUAUUUGUCAAGACCAGUUCGCCGGAAAAUGUCCGUUUGCGUUGACCGGACGUAACAAAGCCGUCCAUGAUAUCGCCGAUAUGACUGCUGACAUCAUCAAAACUUUUUUUGUCAACUAG